AUGAUUUACGAGAACUUGAGAGCGAGUCCUAAUGAGGAGGAGGCCGCCGCGGGGCUGCCCGGAGGUGUUGACGUCACGGAGCCUGGCACCUGCCAUCCUCCCUGUGACUCACCCCACACCACCGUCUGGCUCUCUGACUCAUGGAAAUACAACACAAUAAAACGAGCGCCUGACUUCAAUAUUUUUGAGUUCUCAGAUGUUGACUCAAACGAGGAAAAACUGCCAGGCAACCCAAAUAAACAACAACCAAACCCAGAGAAGGAGAAGAAGAGGUUUCGCACCAAACUGCCAACUUUUGGCCGUAAAAAAGACAAGGAAAAUAAAAGUAAGGCAGACAGCCCCACUACAACGCGUCAGGGAAUGACGUGUGAUAACAAAAGAACAUAUAAACAUCCGGACGGCCCGGAAAGUCCCGUCAGUAUACAUAAGGCUAAGAUAUCCAGACCUUUGGCCAGUCCAAGUUUAAGUUCAGUGAGCGGCGAAGGUGCGCGCAGCCGAGACCCAAGUCCUUAUUCUUCAGAUAAUGAGAGUAGAACAUCGAGGGGUAGUAGUAAACACUGGAGAGACUCGCGGAGGGAAGAGGAGGAACUUUGGUCAGGGUGUAGCACUGACUCAUGGUCCUGUGUGUCACCUUUAAUCUCGCCCAGUCCCUCUUUACGCUCCCACCAACACCCUGACGAAGACCCACCUUCCCCCUCUACACCACAACUUUCCCUUAAGAGCGACGAGGAAGGAUCCCCAGCCAUGUCCCCGAGCGUCCACAAGAGGGACUCCUUACUAUACCAGCACACUAUGGGCUCCUUAGAGAAAGUGGGUCUUGUGGAACAUACUGCUGGCCACGCCCACCACCAUAAAACACCCUCAGGAGUACACAACCCCUCCAGUAGACCAGUUCAAUACCCCCUCCCUACGACCCAGGGACCCACCAGCACCCUACAGUCGACACCCUCAACACAGAUCCAUUACACCCAGCCCGAGUACACCAGACACCAGAAGACCAGCACCAAGUACACCCGCUCUCAAGAUGCCAACACCCACUACAGUACACCAGGUGACCGGGAGGAGGAGUGGGGGGGAAGAUGGCUUGGGUUAAGGCACAAGUGGGCGGGACAGACUGCAGCCGCCUCCCAACACCGCCACCCAGCCGCCGCCGCCGCCCUCUACCGCCACCAACCCGCAGCCGCCAACCACCAGGGCGAUUCCUUCUGGGGUGCAAGGCAGGCCCGGCCCCCCUCACCGACCCCCUCCUGCCCCCCACACAGUGAGGUGGUGGACCAGGUGCCCUUCCACUACCAGAGUCUACCGCAGCUUCACCCCCCAACCCACGACUCCCCGACGACUCCUCCCCAUACCAAUGCCCCCGAUCAGCUCUCCUCUGUUGUCACCAAACAGGGAGCACGCCAUCAGGUACCUACUGUUAGUUCUAAAAGGAAGACACGAAUUCAAGGUGUUGGUAAAAGUCAAGACACCCGUUCAUUAAUUGCUAGCGCUCAGGGCUCCACUACCAUUGACCCUAAACAGAAGGUAAAGGCUCAGGGCUCCACUACCGUUGACUCUAAACAGAGGACACGAACACAAGUGGUUUCUGUUGGAGAGAAAAACGAGAAGCUUUCACAGAUCCCCACCGUUGGUCUGAAACAGGAUACACGGUCUCAGGUGCCCACUGUUAACCGCAAACGGAGAGGCCAGCAACAGGGGGUAUCUGUUGAUCUAAAAAAGGACUCACGGUCGCAUCUACCAACUCUCGUUAUGAAACAGGAGACACGCUCACGCCUCCCCGUUAAUGGAACCACACAGAGACCCCGUUCAAAGAUACUAACUGUUGAACCGAAACAGGAGACAACUUCACAAAUACCCACUAUUGACUCUAAACAGAAGGAACGGGGACAGGUAACAACUGUUGGAUGUAAACAGGAAGCACGUACCCUGUUAGAUUCCGUUGACCACACACAAUACAAGUGUUCUCCCUUCCAAACAGAUGAUCCAAAAUGGGAAACUUGUUCACAGCUUCCAACAUUUAUCCCAAAACAGGUAACUUGUUCAAAGGUUCCUAAUGUUGGCUGUAAACGGGAAGCUUGUUCACAGGUUCCAACAGGUGACAAACAGAAGAUUUACUCAGACUUACCACUGGAUAAUCUAAAGCUGGAGUCGUAUUCGAUGCUGUUGGCUGGAGAUCAAGGACUAGAGGAGAUGGCCGAGGACUGGCUCGGAGGAGGUGUGUCAAGUAGGACCUCCUGGUGCUCUGGGACCAUAAGUUCUACAGCCACCUCACCCAUCCUUCCUCCACUGCCUCCAGGACUCUUUCAGGAUACACAGACGAGUCCUCCUCAACACGAAGACAUCCAUGACGACACAUUUCCUGAAAACAAUGUAAAUUUAACCUCGGUUUGUAUAUUGUCUCUGGAUUUAACUGUUGACUGUAAAGAUGUGAGUGGGAACGGGUUAACACUUGUUAAUAUUACAGACAAUAAGGUGAGAGAUCCUGAUGUACCUGAGAGUAAAACAGACGAUGAGGAUGAAUGUGAAUCAAGAGAAGAUCUGACGGUGUUAUCUCUUGACAAUAAUGAUGAUGAUCCCGAGGGUGGUGACACCCCCACAGAAGAGAUUGCGUCAGGGUCACGGCCACUGUCUGCUAGCAGCGGUAGUGUGUGCUUUGAUGAGAAGUAUUAUGAGAAAGAUGAUUACGACUCACCAGAGGGUGAGGUCAGCGGCUACCUGAAAGAAGAGGAAGACAAGAUAGACGAUGGUAGUGUUUACUCAGCGUCCCGGGGACACUCUGAUGAUUCUCUCCGCCGAAGUAAGAACACAACACCCACAAUAAACGAGGAAGGUGACGACGAUGAUUUCAUAGAUAUCGACUGUGACGUGCAGCCCAUGGAAACACUCAAGCGGCCGCUGGUGUACGGCUACGGGCGAGGCCCCGUCAGAACGCGACGAGGGUCCACCUUCCUGGAAAAGAGACUCUCACAAGCCUCAGAUGUCUCAGACUACAUAGAGAUGGACUUACUUGAGUCUCUUAUUAAGGGUAGAGCCAGUAACGAGAGUGUCUACCUCGGUGAGAGUUGUCUUGACCUAAAGGAGACUUACUGGGAUCACUGGCAGGCCAAGAAAGGUGCUGAAGAAACUCAUAAACACACAAAGCCUAAAGAUCCCGCGACCAGUCGCCUACCUAACUGUCCCUCUUCAAAAUUCUGUUACGACCCUGAGGUGCUCCUGGCGCAGGUGAGAUGUCCAAAGUCACUUGAAGACGCCACCUUCAAGCAGUACUCAGCUUACGUUAAGUCUCACAUCUAUGAUCACUUCGGGAACGUUCACGAGGGCCUCAAAGAAUACGGUUUAUCUUACAGCAGACCAGGCUGGAUUUCCAGUCAACCUGAGCUUCCAGACCUACCAAGAGACCGAAUUCCAGGUAUGUUUCCUCUGGAUUACUCCAGUGAGCCAGAACUUUCAAUCAGCGGUGAGCGACGCCAGCCUCGUCCAGGGCAAACUCAACACCUCCCUCAACACGCCCCUCCCCUGAGACCCCCACCCCUCACCAGCAGGGACGCCUCCCUCGACUCUGGCACCUGGACCUACCUGCCUAGCUCGGAGACCUCGCCCCUCACCUGCCACCCUGUGCCCCUACCACGCUCCACCUCCUCCCUCAGCCACAUCGGCCCCGGAGUGUACAACCCGUGGCACCACUUCCUGCCUGACGUCACUCCGCCCAGGACACCCCGACACAGUGGACACUACACGACGGGAGGCGCCUUACGGACCUCCUCCCCGUGUGGGUCUCGGCCAGCGUCACCCAGCCCCUCCAGAUGUUCUCUCACUUCCAGGACCUCAGAGUCUCACCCCCACCAGGAGAACAAGUGGGAGGCGACGUCACUACCCACCACUGCUCCUCUUCCACCCAAGAAGUCCUUCCUCCCCAACUUGUCUUCCGUCAUGAGGUCACCACUGAAAAAGCAAAACCUGAAGGUGAAAGACGCCAAAGGAGGUGUGUUAGGGAGGGUGACAGGUGUUCAGGUUAACCCCGCCGCACCACUAACACAGGGACUUAAACUAGCGUCACACCAGUCUAUCCAAAAUCGACGACUCACGAAUAUAUCCUCGAAAUCGUCAUCGUCAUCGUCGUCGUCAUCAUCAGCGUCGAGUAAGGACAGCGUAAAGACGGUGAUCAGAGUACCGCCACGGAGCAAAGGUGCCAAGUGGUUAAUGAAACACUUUGGAGAUAACAAAAUCACGAGGGGCAUGACAGCGGUGUGAGGUCAAUACAGGGUCACCAUACACCUUACUUGACCUUUACCCUUAACAUACCAUUACUGGGCAGACCUUCUCUCGUAGGUCACCUGAGUUCACGAAAACACACCUAGAAAUCAUAAUAGAAUCUAAAGUGUAAUUUCCACGCUCCCUCAACUACCAUCUUGAAGUAUCGAAGGUUCACCGAGAAUACUAAAUGCGUUACUUAUAUCACCACCAACAGGGGAAACUUUUAGAGCCUGUGUGAAGCCAAGCCCUGAUAGGAAUCAUUCUAGAUACCUGUAAGAUUAACUUCAUUCUCACAGCUUUUGGGAUUUAGCUGGACCCUCUCCCCCUGACCUUACGGAUAAGACGUAUCCAGGAAACAGGUGUGUGUGUUAGUAGCCAAUUACCUUCCUUCAUUCUCACAGCUUAAAUGGAAUGUAAGAAGGACAAUCUUUCUUUUCUCUCUCUCUCUCUCUCUCUCUCUCUCUUUACUCCGUCUGUCUCUCACUGUAGAAAGGACAGGUGUACAUACGUGUUUCAGCUGUCAUAAUAAUCGACAGUUCUUUAAUAGCGUCUAGUUGUCUGUCUGUUUUUCUGUCCCCUCUCUCUCUCUCUCUCUCUCUGUGUCUCUCUCUCUCUCUCUCAAGGUAUAAAUCUGUGGUCCUCGAGGUGUCACGUGUCACUAUCACGCUUGAGGUGUUAUAAUCAAGGCGACAGAUGUAAUUGUGUCAUAUUUAAGAAUGUUAUAGUCAAGAUAUAUGAUGUUCUUUGUAAUCUUAGUUAUUACCAGAGGCAAGAUAACACCUAUACACAUGUUGACCUUGAGUUAUCAUGAUCAGGAUAACAGCAGCCAAGGCAAAAGUAUCCUGUGAAGACUUUGUGUUAUCCUAGACAUGAUAACAGGUAAGACAAUUAUCAUAGUUAUUGAAAGUAAGAAAUAUUGUGUUCAGGUUAUCAUGAACAACAUAACAAUUGUGAUAAGAUUGUGUCCGAGAUAUCACAUAAGAUAACAGGUGUAAAUAUACUGUCUUAGAUAUCAUAUGUAAGAUAACAGCUGUUGAAAUUAUCAUGUUAAAGAGAUGAGAGACGAAGGGUGUAAAUAAAUAGUUAUCAUGGGUAAGAUAACAAGUGUAAAUACUAUCUUAAGUUCUAGUGGGCAAGAUAAAAGGUGUAAAUAUAUCAUCUAGUUUAUCGUGAUAUCUUAAGGGAGUUAUCAUGGUGUAAGAUAACAAGUGUGAAACUGUAUUUAUUUGAAACUAGAUAUCACGAGUAUUCUUUAAGUUAUCAUGAUAAGUAUAACAAGCGUGAAGUUAUCGUCUUAAUUAUGGUUUCAAAGGUUAUCCCGAUAAAGAUAACACGAAUUGCAUUGCCUUUAAGUUAUCGUGACCAAAACGUGUGAAAAGUCUGAGAAAGGUUAUCAUGAGGGAAAAUAACAAUAUAUGUUAUCUUGAAAGUACUGUUAUCAUAUUCAAGAUAGACAAAAAAAACAGCAGAUAACAUGUCGCCGUUAUCAUCAGGACUUCAAAUGUGUUCUUCUCUUUGAUAUCAAAAUGAAUGAUAAAUACUUGCUGUUGUCAAGAUAUUAACUGUUGAUAUCUGACAAAUUAAACAUGUGAUCUUGAUAUCGACAAAUGAGGAAAAAAACUAAAUCUGACGGAGAUAUCAAGCCCAAGACAAGAUAACGAUAAAGUUAAAGAUCUAUUGAAGUAAAGAUAUCAAAAACAGGACAAUGAGUGAAAUGCUUUCGUGGAGAAAUUAAUAUAACGAAAGAUAUGACUAGCAGAGUACCAGAUGGGACAUGAUAACGAAGAUAUCACCUCGGAGACGAUAAAUUUGAUAUCUUUGAGAGUACACGAGAGAAAUAACUGUCUUGUCGUCGAGAUAUCAAAAUGAGAACGACAGAUUCGAGGAUGUCAAGAUAUCAAAUGGACAGCAGAUGUGAUAUCGUCGUUGAGAUAUCACUAAGUAUAAACCAAGAAGACGAAAUGAAGUGAAAUGUCCAGAAAAACAAAAGAAAACGAUAGAUUCCACGCUGAAGUAUAGAUUCCAGGAAGAUGAAAAUGCCGUCGAGAAAACAAAAGAAAAAAGAUAGAUUCCACGCUGAAGUAUAGAUUCCAGGAAGAUGAAAAUGCCGUCGAGAAAACAAAAGAAAAACGAUAGAUUCCACGCUGAAGUAUAGAUUCCAGGAAGAUGAAAAUGCCGUCGAGAAAACAAAAGAAAAACGAUAGAUUCCACGCUGAAGAAUAGAUUCCAUGAAGAUGAAAAUGACGUCGAGAAAACAAAAGAAAAACGAUAGAUUCCACGCUGAAGUAUAGAUUCCAGGAAGAUGAAAAUGCCGUCGAGAAAACAAAAGAAAAACGAUAGAUUCCAGGAAGAUGAAAAUGCCGUCGAGAAAACAAAAGAAAAACGAUAGAUUCCACGCUGAAGUAUAGAUUCCAGGAAGAUGAAAAUGCCGUCGAGAAAACAAAAGAAAAACGGUAGAUUCCACGCUGAAGUAUAGAUUCCAGGAAGAUGAAAAUGCCGUCGAGAAAACAAAAGAAAAACGAUAGAUUCCAGGAAGAUGAAAAUGCCGUCGAGAAAACAAAAGAAAAACGAUAGAUUCCAGGAAGAUGAAAAUGCCGUCGAGAAAACAAAAGAAAAACGAUAGAUUCCACGCUGAAUUAUAGAUGAAAUGAACAGUCGUGAAAACAUAUGACAAACGCCACAACAACCCAUAUUAGAAUCUAUGAAGUCUUGGUACAGGGUUUUUGGUGGGAGAAGAAUAAUAAUAAUAUAAUAGCCUUUAUUUUCAUAUAUAAUGAUGCUUAAUUAGUUAGAAUGCCAUAAUUUUUGUACUUAUUCUUCUUUGGUGGUUUUGAGAAUUUAUAAAACCCAAAACUUUUUAUUAGACUCGUUAGGUCAUUCAUUACGGUAGAUGCAGUACGCUAGUCUGACUGGUUCAUACUGAUUAAACUUAUACAUGAGGACAUUGAUGACAUGACUCUUGUAUUAGCAAUAUAUAUAUAUAUAUAUAUGAUAACCAGAUCCCCACCGACACCGUCAUAUCUACCCUCCUCCCUGACCCUCCCUGACUCUCCCUCUGCCUCCCUGACCCUCUCUCUCCCUACUCCCUGAAAGCCUUAACAUAUCAUUAAAGAACAAUGUUAAAA